AUGUCGUCCGCAAAAUCGCGGCUCGCCAGCUUGGCCGCCCAUCUCUUUCCCUCCAGCUCCAGGUCCAGCUCGACCACGUCAAGCGGCAGCGGCGCGCCCAUCGACAAUCUCAGCAUCGACAACCACACGGUCGGCACACUAUCGUGGUACAACGUGCAUACUCUGUCGCCGGCAUUCUUCCUCCCCCGUGCGGCUGCGAUCGAACCGGACGCCCCCGCGAUCUAUCACCGCACAGCGAACAACAAGAUCCUGCGACGGACGUACCAAGAGUUUGCGGACCGCGCGCGGGGGUUCGCCUAUUUCGUGAAGAAAAAGGGAUACAAGCGGGUGGGCAUUCUGUGCACAAACACGCCGGCGUUUCUGGAGGCCGUGUUCGGGAUUGGCGGCACAGGCGCCAUCAACAUUGCGAUCAAUUACCGGUUGAAAAAGGAUGACAUCUCGUAUAUCUUUGACCAUGCGGAUGCCGACGCCGUCGUGGUGGACGCCGAGUAUGUAGAUUUGCUAGACGAUUACAGGAAAACGCACCCCAACGUGCCCAUCAUCAUCGACACGGACACGGAUGCAGUGGAGGGACGACUAUGCGGCCCCUUUGACGAGGCUGUCCUCGAGGGCUUGCAGUACGAUCAGUCGCUGGGGUCAAAGGGCUGGGAUGGCCUCGAAGCACAGGCCGCCGACGAACUCGCCGUAAAUGCGCUGGCCUACACGUCUGGCACGACCGCCCGGCCCAAGGGCGUCGAGUAUACGCAUAGGGGCUGCUAUCUAGGGGCGCUGGGCAACGUCAUCGAAUCGGGCCUUGCGUACCACGACGGCGAGCGGUGCAAGUAUCUGUGGACGCUGCCCAUGUUCCACGCCAUGGGCUGGACGUUUCCUUGGGCCGUGACCGCCGCGCGGGGCACGCAUUACUGCCUGCGCAAGAUCGACUAUCCCGAGAUCUGGCGGCUGUUGAAGGACGAAGGAAUCACCCACUACUGUGCGGCUCCGACGGUCAACACGCUGCUGUGCGCCGACUCGAACGCAGAGCAACUCCCGGCCCCUGUGCGAGUCACGGUCGCGGCCAGUCCACCGACAGCACAUCUGUUCGAGCAGAUGACCAACUUGAAUCUGCACCCCGUGCACGUCUAUGGACUGACCGAGACGUACGGGCCCAUCACGAAGGGGUAUAUUCUGCCGGAAUGGCAUCAAUACCCCAACGUCAAGGACAAGUACGCCAAAAUGGCCCGUCAAGGUCACGGAUUUGUGACGUCGUUGCCUGUGAGAGUGAUCAAAACAGAUGUCCCUGAUGGCACUAUCAUUGAUGUGGAAAAGAAUGGCAAGGAAAUCGGCGAAAUCGUCUUCAAUGGCAAUAUCUGCGCGCGGGGAUAUUACAAGGAUGAAGCCGCCACCAGGAAAUUGUUCCUCGGCGGUGUCCUGCAUUCUGGCGACCUGGCUGUUUGGCACGAGGAUGGAGCGGUUCAGAUUCUCGAUCGUGCGAAGGAUAUUAUCAUCUCUGGUGGUGAAAAUAUCUCUUCUGUCGCCCUAGAAUCCAUCAUCGUUACUCACCCGGAAAUUCUCGAGUGCGGUGUCGCUGCGGUAAGUGACAGCCACUGGGGCGAGCGGCCCAAGGCAUUUAUCACUGUCAAACCCAAUGCCAAGGUUACCGGCGACGAAGUCAUCCAGUGGAUGCGUGACCACCCCGGAAUCAGUCGGUUUAUGGUUUGUCGAGAGGUCGAGAUUGUACCGGAAUUGCCCAAGACCAGCACCGGCAAGAUAAGAAAGAAUGUGCUCCGAGAAUGGGCCAAAGGUGCAGAAAGAGGAGGGGAGUAG